ACAACACCUCCUGGGCACCUGCGCGGGCAUAAGGACACUGGAGCGCAUCGCAGUCGCGACUGAGCGAGAACAUGGCGGAUCCUGAGCAACAGCAACAGCAACAGCAACAGCAACAGCACGUUGCUCCCGGCGGCGUGUACUCUGGCAAGAAUAAGAUUCCAACAGUCGGACAAUUCAUUGAGCGUCUGGACAAAGACAAGAAGGACCGAGAUCGACAGAUUGAUGAGCAGAAACAGGGCACAGUCGGCUCAGAUGUGCAGCCUCAUCGGAACGAGAAGAAAUCAACCAAAGGCAAGACAGUUACAGAUCCGACAACCGGGAAACAGGUCGUCAUCGAGGAUGUAAACGAUGCCUUUAUUGAGCGAGCCAAGAAUCCCUCACUUUCUGUGCCCAAUGCGAACCUGGGCAGAGACACAACAGUGCAAACUGAUCCCUCGCAAAAGAACCCAGAAUACAAAGAGAAGCAGGACAUCACAGCCCCUCCAGACCCCAUCGCUGAGGGCUCCACCAGCGAUGUUCCCAUUCAUGGCGAGAAGACGAACAUCCUCUUUCACCCGACACCAAGCGUUAGCUACGAGCCGACAUUUGCGAGACUGGAAGAGCGAGGCUUAUGGCUCGUGGUCGGCGUCUUCUUCGCUAUCGUCAUCCUGGGCCGCACAUUCGGCGGCCGCUACAUUGGCAUGAUCCCUCUGGCCGGAUGCAUAGCUAGUGGCAUCUGGCUCUGGAUCAGAGAGCUCGUUCGGUCCGGUCGAGAGGUUGAAUGGGAAUCCGAGAAGGAGCGUGGCAAGACUGCCACCGCUAAUUUGCUGCCCGAGAGCGUCGAAUGGAUGAACACACUGCUCGGGAUCGUGUGGGGUCUAGUCAACCCUGACAUGUUCACAGCUGUCGCCGAUACUCUGGAGGACGUGAUGCAAGCUUCAGUGCCUGGUAUCAUCGAAAACGUUCGCGUCGCCGAGAUCAACCAGGGCAGCAACCCAAUUCGAAUCCUCAGCUUGAGGGCGCUUCCUGACGACCAUAUGAAGGAUGUCAAGCAAGCUAUUCAUGAGGAAAACAAGAAGAGCAAGGACCCACAAGAAGCUGCUGCUGAUGAGGAAGGCGGCGACUACUACAAUCUCGAAAUCAGCUUCGCAUACCACGCAGAACCUAGUGGCAAGCGUGCGAGCGACAAGGCCAGGAACAUGCACAUGCAGCUUGUUUUCUAUCUUGGUAUCAAAGGUCUCUUCGGCGUACCGCUCCCGAUCUUCGUAGAGCUUCAAAGCUUGGUCGGCACAGUGCGCCUACGAAUGGCCAUGACACCAGAGCCGCCUUUCUUGAAGACGCUCACUUUCACCCUGAUGGGCGUACCGCACGUUGCAGCUGGAUGUAUACCAAUGGUCGAGAAGGGUGUUAAUCUCCUCAACUUGCCCUUGAUUUCUCAGUUCGUUAACUAUGCCAUCGGCGCGGCAGCGAGCAUGUACGUUGCACCCAAGUCCAUGUCCAUCGACAUGCGAGCCAUGCUGCAAGGGGAUGAUAUUACCAAGGAUGUACAGGCACUAGGGGUUCUCUGGAUUCGCAUCCAUAAAGCCAUCGGCCUCAGCAAGCAAGACAAGCGUGGCUCCAAAUGGGGCGGAUCCGAUCCAUAUAUCACCCUUACCUUCAGCAAGUACGGCAAGCCAAUGUAUUGCACACGUGUAAUCACAGACGACCUCAAUCCAAUCUGGGAAGAGACUACAGCACUUCUGGUGACGCCUGAGCUGAUCAAGGCCGACGAGAACUUGAGCGUAGAGCUUUGGGACAGUGAUCGCCACUCCGCAGACGACAUCGUCGGAAAAGUCGAAUUGAGCAUGCAAAAGAUGAUUCAGCAUCCAGGCAAGAUGUACCCACAAGUUUCCAAGUUAGCUGGCAUGGAUGAAGGUUCAGAAAUGCCUGGCGAGCUUCACUGGGAAGUUGGCUUCUUCGGCAAGCCUCAAUUUCGCCCAGCUCUGCGGACUGAUGGCAAAAACAAGGCAUUGCCUGACAACCUCAAGGACCACCCGGAGCUUCAAGAUGAGAAGGGUGUGCAAAACACUGCUACCGACGAUGCUGUGCAGCACACCCCACCAGAUCCCCUUUGGCCGAGUGGUGUCUGCUCGAUCAUCAUUCACCAGAUUGUCAACUUGGAGCUGGAGAACGUGAAAGGUACCACAGGCACUCGUAACGGUCGUGAGUAUGAGCCCGCAAAGCCCUACGGCGAGGCCACUGAAGAAGAGGGUGGCGACCUUCCAACCUCAUAUUGCACCAUUCUGUACAACGAUGAACUUGUCUACCGCACCAGAGCCAAGGCUGUGAGCAGCAAGCCCAUCUUCAACGCUGGAACCGAGCGCUUUGUGCGCGACUGGCGCAGUGCUAUCAUCACUGUGACUGUUCGCGAUAGCCGCAAUCGUCAGCACGAUCCGAUACUGGGUGUGGUCCCUCUAAAGCUGUCGGACAUCCUCGAGACCAGUAGCCAAGUCACAAGAUGGUACCCGCUCGAUGGCGGUAUCGGAUUUGGUCGCAUUCGCAUCUCUCUCCUCUUCCGCUCCGUCGAGACUCGUCUGCCACCGCGACAACUCGGCUGGGAUGUCGGUACAUUCAUGUUCACGUCCCAAAACAUUAAGGCGCCUGGCUACACGCAUCAUGCUAGAAUCAAGAUGCGAACAGGUGGCUCUUCUGGGAAAAUCAGCCGCAGUGUCUGCCACCAGCUCGAAGAAGGACAAACCGGUUACUACUGGGAUCUCACAAAAGCUGACCCAGAAGGCAAACCGAUCAGACUUCCUGUCAAGUACCGUUACCGCUCUCCUGUUGUGUUCGAAAUGCACAUCGCGAACAAGCGGAAGGCCGAUGGCUAUGCUGUUCUCUGGUUGCAUGAGCUGGUCGACAACGAGGAUCAAGAGGUUGAUAUCCCGAUCUAUCAGACUGCGGCACCAGCACGCCUCACUCAGAACUACAUCACACCCGAAAUCAUUGCACAGGACAAGCUGCCGGGCCUUGAUGAUUUGAAGGAGAUUGGAAGACUCCAAUUCACUGGUCGAUUCAAGGCAGGCAUGGACGAGUCUCACGAGGCUUUCGUUGCAGAUAACAACUCGCGAGAGACAUUCGAGACUUGGGAGGCAUGUCUGGCCGAAGGUGUGCGGACAAGGCUUGUCGAGAAGGAGCUUCCUGAACGUGUUCAAACACUUCACGAUGAGUCCCUGACGGAAGGCCGCGAUGUUCUGAAGGAGGCGCCAGAAGAGGAAAAGAAGAAGUGGCUAGCCAAAACCGGCACUGACUGGUCUGGUGCUUUCGGUGAUGAUCCGGCCAAGUACAUGGACCAAGACGGCAAGAAGCGCCGCGAGCUUGGUCGUGACCUGCCUCUCCAGCCUGACGAGGAUACGGAUAAUGAUGGCUUCACUGCCGAAGAGGAUGAGGACGACAAUGAUGACUCUGAUCUGGGCAUUGUCGAUGCCACCAACACCGGUCGUGGCUCAGUCGACGGACGUCAAUCGAUUGGUACUAUGGAAUCCGGCUGGACUGCAGGCACCACCGGCACCUCUGAUACCGCCAUGUCACAGAAAGAUGUCAACAGACAAAACAAGAAGACCGAGAAGCGCAAGCAACGUGGUCUCAUGCAAUGGAAACCUGCUCGCAACUUCAAGUUCGCAAAGGAUGAGGCCAUAAUUGGCGCUAGGAAGCUCAAGGGCAAGAUCACUGGUGGUCUUGACGGAAGACAGCCUGGAGUGGUGAGUCAAUGUCCCAAUCACGACAUUGUCGUUCAUUCGUUGCUAAUGACGCUUGCAGGAAACCGAGACUGGCACUUAAUGACCUCAAUUGCGACUGUUGGUGGCAUUUAUGGAGAACAGGCCAAAAGCACGAAUUAUGACAACCAUAUUCUAGGGACACUGGUAAUCUUCACGAAGUUCUUGGUCACAAAUGGUGCUAUUAGACACGACGGCACAAUCAGAUAUCCUGUAUUGAAGCCACAAGUUGAUACCCUGCAUCAUACAUGUCGAAAGUCCAUCUCCGUUCUCGUCGUCGAACCUAUGUAA